AUGGAGGAAGAUCUCUCGAAGAUGUGGGAAAGUUUCUCACUAUCAAGAGAUGAGGAAGAGGAGGUUGAAGUCACGGCAACGGAGGUGAAAGGGACAAUAACCAGGGGCCAAUCAUGCAUUGUGGGCAAACUUGUGUCGGAUGUCUCGGAUCAACUAGUGAGUAAGGAGACAAUAAAAUCCACGCUCUUGGGAUGGUGGAAACUGUCUGGGACGCUAACCUUCAAAAUUCUAGGAGAGAACUUAUUUCUGAUUGAGUUUGAAAAAGCCAGGGAUAAAGAUCGUGUCUUGGAAGGAAGGCCUUGGGUCUUUGAAGGCAAUCUUUUUCUGGUUGAGGAUUUUGAUGGACGUACCCCCCCGUCAAAGAUCACUUUCGAAAAAGCCUACUUUUGGAUGAGGAUGCUACAUUUGCCGUUGGCAUGUAUGGGAAGGGAAGUGGGAUUAAAACUCGGCUCUUCUGUCGGGCGAGUGGAGGAGAUUGAUACGGAUAAGGAUGGUAUCGGGUGGGGGAAGUACUUACGAGUUAAGGUGUUGGUUGAUCUAUCCAAACCUCUACCUCGAGGCCGGAAGUUGAAAUUUGAGGGAGAAAUACAUUGGAUUGUCUUUCAAUAUGAAAGACUUCCAAAGUUUUGCUUCCAAUGCGGUAUAAUCAGUCAUGGUCCGGAGGGCUGUAUGAAAAGGAGUUCUUUGCAGAACCAGGGAACUACGGUGGAAUUCGAACCUUGGAUGAGAGCUUCUUCUAUGACGAGGAGGGUGGAAAGGAGCCAAGUAAGGUUUACAGUAAAACAUGGGGCAGGAUCUGACAAUGAGAAUCGCCGUGCUAUGGAGGGUCGGCAUGGCAAUGGCCGUCGUCAUCUUGACCCAGCCGCCGGCAACGAGGAAUCUAGAUGGACAUUUCGGGAAAAUUGA